AUGAGCCUCUCUAGCAAAGAUAUUGAGAAGAAUCAGAAGGGCCUCACUCUUGAGGAAACCGAGUCUGUCCUUGAACAGACGGAGGUGAUCAAUCUGAAGCAGACCCUGUUCAGAAAGAUAAUCAGCGAUUUCAAACCCGUGGACAUUAUAGAGCCAGAUCCAAGUUUGACCAAAGAACAACAAGCAAUUGCUAACACAGUCACAGUUCCGCUGCAGAGAAAACUCAAGGGCCGUCAUAUUCAGAUGAUCGCAAUUGGCGGAUCGAUUGGCGCUGGUCUGUUCAUUGCAUCUGGACGAGUUCUCAAAACCGGAGGCCCAGGUGGGGUAAGUAUUGGUUAUUGCCUCAUUGGCCUGCUCAUGUUCUUAACCAUGACAGCGCUCGGUGAGCUGGGCGUUCGUUUCCCAGUCAGCGGCGUGUUUUCCGCGUACAACACCCGGUUUAUUGACCGCACUGUGACAAUCAGUUAUUGGAAAGGUGACCACAACGGUGCAACAGAGGUGAAUCCUGCUGCUUGGGUUUCCUUGUUCAUCGCUGUAAUCACAUUCAUCAAUCUGUUCGGGGUUCAAGGCUAUGGUGAGGCAGAAUGCGUAUUCUCUUCAAUCAAAGUUCUAACUAUCGUCGGUUUCAUUAUCCUUGGCAUCGUACUCACACGCGGUGGAGGUCCCCAUGGCCACUACUUGGGCUUAAAACACUGGGAUAAUCCUGGUACAUUUGCGAAUGGUACCAAACGAGUUAUUUCUGUAUUGAUGUCGGCAACAUAUGCUUUUUCAGGGACAGAAUUGGCAGCCUGUAAACAAGUGUUUUGGCGUAUUCUUCUUUUCUACGUUGUAUCUUUAACAUUGGUUGGAUGUUUGGUGCCCUACACAGAUCAUCGUCUGGGUGCGGCAGCCAACGCAUCCGCAUCACCCUUUGUUAUUGCAAUAAAAAACGCAGGAAUUUCUGGGCUACCGUCAGUGAUUAAUCUUGUGAUCAUAAUCGCAGUACUUUCAGUCGGAAACGCUGCUAUUUUUGCGGCCUCACGCACGAUUGGAUCUAUGUCUGCCCAAGGCUUUGGUCCUCGUUUCUUGCUCACCAUUGACCGUCGAGGCCGGCCUCUGUACGCACUUCUGGUUGUAUUUGCAUUCGGAUUAUUGGGCUUCAUUGCUGCGUCUGACCAAGCUGGGACAGCAUUUAACUGGCUCUCUUCAAUUGGAGGUCUAGCAAGCAUUUUGAUUUGGGGGUCCAUCAACCUAUGCUACAUUCGCAACCGUCUUGCAAUGAGGCAGCAAGAUGUUUCGACAGAUCUUCUGGAGUACAAGGCCCCAUUGGGUAUAUAA